GCAAAAUUUUGUGUUCACAGAUUUUUAUAAAUAAAUUAGCUUUCUAUGUAUUUAUUGAAUUCUAAGUGAAUAGUGGUCAUGGGAGGGCCUUUAAUAAAAAGCUUAUAUUUAUUCGUCUCAAUCAUCUGUGCUAGUAACGCUCAAAACAGUAGAUUACUGCAAGCACCACACAACAACGGCCAUGGCUGGGACAUCCGACUGGCCGUGCCUGGCCAGCCCGGCAACGACUACCCAACAUUAGCUACUAUACCACGCACCAGCUUUUCUUGCGCCGGAAGGGAACCCGGUUAUUAUGCUGAUACAGACACAAAUUGCCAAGUCUUCAGAGUGUGUACAGUUGGAGCUACUUAUGGCUUUCAAUCAUUUCUGUGUCCCAACGGCACUUUAUUUAAUCAAGCUGUUUUUGUAUGUGACUGGUGGAUGAAUGUUGACUGCAAGAACUCUGAUGAAGUACUUAGAAAUAAAAACGACCAGUUCGAGAACUUAAAAUUAGGACCACAGUUAAUGAAGGAUAUAAAGAACAUAUUAACACAUCCUGUUCGUAAUCCCUUCGACACGAAUACAAUGAAAAGUAAAUUACUAGUGAUGCAAAGUUACAAACCUCCUUCAGGACAACUAUUCCCAAACGGUGCCUUGCUUGCUCCUCCUGAGAGAGCACCGAGUCAUAUUUAUAUUCCAACCAAAGCAAUUCAGGUAGCCUUACGACAGAAUGAGUAUAGGCCACCUUCAGAAUCAUUUGCUGCCUCAACAUCUAAUCCACAGUACAUUCCUCCCACUUUUAGUACUUUCUCACCAACCACUGUGAGAAAUGUCGAAAUCUUGCAGCGUCAAGUAUUAAAUACUCAAAACAUACAAAACAUAAACUCUCAAAGUAAUUCCAGUGAACAAAUGAUAUCGAAUGGUCAUGCGGGUCAAGUACAGACACAGAACAGAUAUACUCAAAGUAUGAAUAAUUUUAACAACGACCAAACAAAUCGCCAACUCCAAAGAUAUAACAAUUUCAGAAAUACCCAACGUGCUCAAUCUAACAAUGAAUUUAAUUAUGUUCAAACGAGGAAUAGCUACAACACAUUACAAGCCACACGGACCUUUGGAAACAAUGCUCAUCAACUUAGGAAUAAAGACAAAAAGAAUAACAUCAGUAAUAACGUGAGUCUAUUACAUCCAAUCAAGCAACAAUAUACAUAUGAAACAUCUAGACAACCAUCCACACAACUUAACCAGACCCAAACAAGUGAAAAAGUGAAGCAGAGCUUGGCUCUAGUAUUUUCACUGCUGACAGACUCCAUCAACAAAGCAAAGAAAUAUAACAACAUAAUUCAAGACAAUGUACAAACGCUCACAACAUCGCCACCACCUCAAUUCCAAGCAGUGAACAACGAGGAAUUAGGACGCAUUUCAAAUACCAUUUCUCAGCUGACAGCUUCUCAAUUCACGAACAAAAACUUCAAUAAUGCAAACACUGCAUCAGUAUCAAAUACAAAAAGUCAAUACUUAUCAAAUAAGGAUGAAAAACUCACUUUUCUAAAAUACAUGCAAAAUUUAACAGCGCAAAAACAAAAUAACAAAUUGCAAUCAAAAGCAAACAACAAACAGUUGAAUCCCUUUAUACCAGACUCUCGAUCAAAUACAAAUACAGAUACACCCAUAUACAGUGGACAAUUAUAUAAAUACCCUGUACCAGAAGUGACUCGUCAAAUUAUUAACGCACCAAAUCCUGCGAAAUCGAAUAUUUUAAUUCAAUCUGAUAUAGACGAGGUCAAAUCGCAGCGUAUUGUAGUUCCGAAAAAUAGUAUCACUAAAAACAUUGAUACAUCUACAAAUAUUAAUGCUAACAUCUUUAAAACUCAAGGUACUAUUAAUUCACCUCUGAGAUUAGAAGUACCUUCUGAAAAACCACAACUAAAACCUCGGAACAAUAUCCUUACCACAGGAACCGGUAUAACAGCCCAGCUACGAGACAAAAUUGUUGGGACAAUACCACAUCCAACGGACAAAAAUAAAUUUGUUACGUAUAAAAAAGACCAAUCCUACUAUUUAUAUUCCAAUCUUAACGAUGGUAAUUCUGUAACAAACGGGCAAGCAGCAAAGCAAAGCGUGAAAAAAUUUCCGAACAAUAACUAUCCCGAUCUUAUAACUUUUCACUUUAUUCCGUCAGAAAAUCAAAAUGAAAAAGGAUCUUUCCAAAACGAACCACAAAGUUAUCAACUCACUGAAUUAAAACCUAUAGAAAACAUCAAUAAUAUAGAAUUAACAGAUAAUAACAUUAAUGAAGACACGUACAGCACGGACUUGGCUAAUAAUAUUAUUCGUCCAUCUCAAAAACAGCGUGAAAGUAUUAACACUUUAUAUGACGGCCCUUCUUCUUAUUCUGCCCCACAGUUAUCGAUAGGUAACUUAAUAUCAACACAAGAAAGUCAACGUAAUAAUUUUAAUACUAGAGUAGAAGGUUUAGAGGAAAAUAAUAACUUUAGUGGAUACUUAAAAGAACGCCCUGUGCGGCAGUUUACUUUCAAAUAA